AUGCGCAACCGGUAUGUUUUCAAUUCUUCAUUUAAUAAACUCACUUCUCUGGAUGAUUUGCAGUCGAUCAGUAUCAGCUGCAUUUAUGUACCGAUCACUGAGAAUGAAAUACAGCAUGAUAAUGAUGUUAGUGAGAUUUUGCAGGCAUUUGAAGUUCUGGAUGCAACCAAGCCGAUUCCGGUCUCGUGCAAACAACUUGGGAUUGGUGUAACUCAUCAGGGACAAAUUUUAUACAUCGAUGUCGAAUAUCCAGAGGAAUGUUGGGGCAAGGGCGAGUUUGAUGCACGUGAUGCGAUCCAGAGUGUUUUCGAUUGCUCAUACAUGAAAACAGAUCGUGUUGUUUAA